AGGUAGAAAAAUCCCCCCGUAGAGAGGGUCGUUUUAACACGGUGAGUUUAUUUCACACGAAGUGUUAUUUAUUAAGUUAAGAGGUAUGUACCUAGGCUAUAAGUGAUUUGUCAGUGACUUGUCGGUGACUUGUUAAUGACUUGUCCUAGUUCCGAUUAUAUGAUCGUAACUCGGCCGACUUCGUGUGAGCUGGUCGGGUUUACCUCCGAGUGCCUCGGAUUUAAGGCAGAAUCACGAAUAGAGGCGGAUAUUUGCCUGGGUAUGCAACCUUUAGGAUCGUAUAAAAGCACGACCUGAAAUGCGCCUGUUUGCCUAUGAAUAUUCUGCUAUCUAAUGAGAUAUUAAAAUGAGCUCGAUCUUGUCUUCGAAGCAGGAGGAUGCGGGCUUGGUGGAAGACUAUCGGCAAUGGAAGGCAAUGGGCCAGGGUGGUACAUCGCGUAACUGGACCGGAUACAUGUCUCAGGUUGCCGCCGGGAAGACUAAGGCAUUUGGUGCCGACGAGACGAUCAAGCCUGGCUUCUAUGAAAACCCUGAGAAGCGAGCCACCGGAUGGAAGAAGGCCACAGAGCAGCAGAAAGCUAAUGCUCGGAAGUCGUUUCUAAAAGAAACUCUUCCGAUACGGCCGGGUCCCCGGGCUAAGGCGAAACCCUAUGUGUUCCCUCAGCGUGAGAGGAAUGCCGACCACCCUCAGGAUCCAGCAGUCAAGCAGGCGUAUCUGGAGGCUUUCGAUAAGCUGUGUGAAAUCAACACGGAUACUGAAUGGAAGACGUCAGUGCUCGAGAAACACGGCCAGGCGCUGUUCGUGAAGAGCUCAGUCCCGCUUUCGCCUCUGGUCGGUCCGUCUUCUCGGGAGAUCUGCCACAUCCACAGCACAGAUCUGUCCGGUCACGUCACCUUGUCAUUCAUAGAUGCGGAGGAUGUUAUAUCGAAAGGUUGGGGGGAACGUCACCGCUUGAGCGGUACAGACUGGAUCCACAUAGGCUUCACGAUGCUCUAUGUGCCGAACACGAUAGAGGAAACAGAAAUUCUUAUAAAGAUCUUCCAGGCCGGCAUUGAUUAUAUGAAGAGCGGUUAACUUACAGAUUCUGGGUACGUUCAGGGCU